ACUUUAUGAGCAUAAGCAUUGGCUUUUUGUUUCCGUUUCCUUUAUUUCAGUUUAGUCUGACUUAAAUUGGUAAGUCUCAUCUUUUAUUUUUAAGUUGUGUUAAAUUGUUUAUCUAAUUUAAUUAAUUAAUUUAAGGAUGAAAGUCAGCGGCAAGCUCCGACAAUAUAUUAUUGUGGGUCGUAAGAUCCCAUCUAAACAGGACCCAAGUCCUCAACUUUUCCGUAUGUCAAUCUUUGCACCGGAUCAUGUAGUUGCUAAGUCUCGAUUCUGGUAUUUCCUUAAGCGUCUUAAGAAGAUCAAGAAGGCUAAUGGUGAAAUUGUUAACAUUAAGCAAGUCCAAGAGAAGAAACUGAAUGAUCGCGUCAGAAACUAUGGCAUAUGGCUCAGAUACAACUCACGUACAGGAACACACAACAUGUACAGAGAAUAUCGUGAUGUUUCAGUUGCUGAUGCUGUUACCCAAUGCUAUCGUGAUAUGGGUGCACGUCAUCGAGCUCGAGCCGAUACUAUUCAAAUUAUCAAGAUCCAAUCUAUCCCUAAUUCUAAGUGUCGUCGACCCAAUGUGAAGCAAUUCCACAAGGCUAAAUUACGAUUCCCACUUCCAACCAAGAUUGACAGGAGGUUCCAUUCUCCUCGGUUCACAACCAGAAUACCUGAGGCUCGACUUCUUUAGGUUAUUAUAAUCAAGUGAAUCCUGUAACUUGUUUGAAACCAAUAAAAACAUUCAAUAAUGGAUGUUAAAU